GGUAGUAGUCAAUUAAAUAAGCAAGGUGAAGAUCAACAAGGCGGAUUGAAUUUGUCCUGAAGCAAGUUCGUGUCUAAAUAACAAAAUCAAAAGAAGAUCGUGCGAUAUAGAUAUCCCAACGGAAACUUUACUGUUAUAUCUUCAUUUCUAACGGACAAAAUGGCGACUAGACGCAGUGAAAGACGCGUCACACGUUCGACAAGUACAAGCACACGGCCGACCCAGGGCCAGGAAAAUGAGAGCCUCACGGAUAUGAAAACUGAAUUACAGCAGACUGAAAUUAGGUUCAGAAAAGCAUGUAAUCAAAUAAACUUACUAAACAGGAAAAUGGAAAGCAUUCACAAAAGAUACAACUGUGCUAAAAAGAACAAUCACAGAGUGUUUCGAUACAAACUCCGCCUUAGACUAGCAGUUGUUGAGGGAUUGAGGAACAUGUACUAUGAAUAUGCAAAUAAAAAGGCUUCUAGAGUUGUUGAACUGAGACGGGAACUUUUUAAUGAGAAUGUUGAAGUUGUUGAACAAGAAGAUAGUGAUUACGAAGACUCAGAAAUGGACGAGGCUGAUUGAACAAGGGAGAUAAUCUGUGAUAAUUGAUAUCUAGUGCUAAAUAUUGUGACAGCAAAGCUGAAGCAUGACAAGACAGCUGUCCAAGCAUGUGAAAUUCAGAAGAUCCUAGCGCCAUGAAGAGGAACGAGAAAUACACUUUCACAAAAUAUAGCUUUUAGAAUAAUUAAUUAAAGGUUCACAAUCGAGUGAAAUCAUUGUGGUGAAACUAGUGAUUUUUAGUAGAUCAGGAAUGGAACCUUUAAUAACAUUUCAUAUGAUAUAUAUUAUUAAUUACCAGCUGUCAAACUUUUCUCAGAUUCAUUCUAAAAGCUUUUCUGAGCUUUACUUAGAUUUCUUAUUUAGAGAGCUAAAAGA